AGCCCUGUGAAAGCAGGGGACGGACCCUGUUCUGUUUUUUUUUUAAAAAUCCGUAUGAAAAUCUCUAUAACGCUAAUCCCCGUGAACCAUCUUUAUGUCACUAGCUUAAAUUCGAUCCGCGUGUGUCGUAUGCAAGUGCCUGUUAUACAAUCGGUGGUAGCAGAUUAAUAAUGAGUGUAUCAUCGAGCUAACGAGGACUCAAUUGAAUAACAACUACGCUGGAAUUACCCGGUUAUUAUCAGAUGUAAUAGACGAACGUUUGUGCGAUUAUACGGCGUGAGGUAAUUGUGCUGAUCGAAUAGCGAAUUAUCUUUAGGUAAAGAGUGAUUAUCAGCAUGAAGUCAAGGGGGAAAUGCGAUGGGAGGACAUGAUGACAGUAGAUCGAUGACUAUAUCAUUUUAUUGGAAUUGAAAUUAGGGCGCAGGGCUCUCAGGGACUGGUGUUAGUGUACUGUGAGUGCUGGUGAGAUUGUGCUUUAUUUUUUAUUUCAUUAAAUUCGAGACGAGGUACAUAAUGUCUGCUUACGCCCAAUUCGGAUACUCGUAUCCGUCGGCCUCACAGCUGUUGGUGAGUGGAGGGCAGCCAACAACCGCGACAUCACCAGCAAUGUCGUCAGUUGGUGCACUGAGUCCUGGUGCACUGUCACCAUCAUCAACGGCAACAACAACGACGGGAGCAGCACCGGGUACAUCGGGGGGUGCAACAACCCCCGUUGGUGGAUCCGGAUGUUGUGAGAAUGGUAGACCAAUGAUGACAGAUCCUGUAACUGGUCAGACUGUGUGCUCGUGUCAGUAUGACACUGCUAGACUUGCCCUGGGUGCCUAUCCACGAUUAGCACCGACUGCCACUUCCUACUCGUCGUAUCCCACGCCCACACCAUCAGCCACGGAUCAGGGACCCUAUCCCAGCAUCGGAAUGGACAGCUCGGCAUUCUAUUCGCCUCUAGGAAAUCCUUAUGGUUUGAAGGAUGCCACGGGAAUGGGGAUGACAGCGGACAUGGGGGCAGCGUGGGGAACUGCUGCACUUCAACCAGCAGCCACUGGGUACUAUCCCUAUGACCCAACGCUAGCAGCUUAUGGUUAUGGGGCUGGUUACGACCUGGCAGCUCGUCGAAAGAACGCAACGAGAGAAUCAACGGCGACCCUAAAAGCCUGGUUAAACGAGCACAAGAAGAAUCCGUAUCCAACAAAGGGUGAAAAAAUAAUGCUCGCUAUAAUAACAAAAAUGACACUGACCCAAGUAUCAACGUGGUUUGCAAAUGCAAGAAGAAGACUCAAGAAGGAGAAUAAAAUGACGUGGGAGCCGAAGAAUAAAACCGACGACGACGAUGACGCUGUUCUAUCUGAUUCAGAAGACAACAAGGACAAGGACGACAUGAGCAGUGACAAUCGAGUCGACAGAGUUGGUGACGAUGCACGACGAAGUUUGGAGGAUAAUGAACCCAUGAGGCAUGUGAAGGCUGAGCACAUGCAGCACGACAAGGAUCUUGAGGAUGAUGACGAUCUGGAUCUUGAGGAUGAUCCAAGGAGCCGAGAGAUGUCGUUUCACCAUAUGCCACAGCAUCACCACAGCCACCACCAUCAGGGCUACAUAAAUGAGGAUCAUCUCAAGGACGAGGUGGUGAAGACUGAUUGUCAAGCAGGUGGUGUACCAAUACCAGCGACAAAGCCCAAAAUCUGGUCUCUCGCUGAUACGGCUGCUUGUAAAACACCACCACCACCAUCCCAUCCCCAUCACCAGGCGUACCUCAAUCACCAGCAGCACUACGGCCAUCAGUCCCAGGGUCAUCCGCAGCAGACAGGACAGCAUCACCUGUCGAGCCAGUCGCAUCAUCAACACUCACAGCAACCGUGGUUGGGCACCGGUGGUGGCGGUGGUCUCGGUAAUUUCGCCCUACCCUCUGCUGCCUCGAUGAGCCCAUCAUCAGCAGCAACAGCGCCAUACUCAAACGCCGUAACGAGAUACGGUGGCUUUCUGAGUUCGUCAUCGGGUGGUCAACUCCACUACAAUCCAAAUUCAUCAUCGGGCUCGACAUCAAGUGCAUCAUCAUCGGCAGCUGCGGGGUUUCCCGAGGUUGGCACGGACACGCCACCCCAAACACCACCCAAUAUGAAGGUGACAACACCGAACGGCGUGAUCCAGGGUCCACCGGGAGCUUAUUGCCCUGGUGGCAGCACCACAGCCAGUAGCAAUGGAACAAACAGUCAUUAUUCUGGUGGAUUGGCUGCAAGCAGUGGCUACUUAUCAUCGAGCUCUGGAUCAGCCAGCAGUGCAUCAUCAUUCGGUGCUCGCCUCCAGAGCUCACCACACAAGGACUUCACCUCUGGCAAUCAGACAUCCGUUCUUCAUCAGCAAACAACCGCCAGUCUUCCUCCCACCGAGGCCACCACCGCGUUCAAGCCCUUCUACAAAGGAUCCCAGUCUAUGGCCAGUGGUUUCGUAUCGCCCGUUUAGACAGCACUCCAUGAAUCUCCAGUUCGCUAUCACCAUUCGUCGUUAUUCAGAAUAUUUUGAGAUAUCAACACAUGGAUAUUACCGAUCAAUAGUCCAACCCGUGUCCCAUAAAUCGCUGUAAUAAAAUAUCCAGGAGAAAAGAGUCAUUGGAAUAAGGAGUACAAGGGGAGACUGAAUAAAACUGUUGAUGAGGAAAAAAAAAAUGAUAAGAGGAAAAACGGUGAUAGAUUGUGGUGUGAGAUGAAGGGAAGAGUAUCACGACCUCUGAGGCACCAUAAAUCGUUUGGUAGCUGUUGGAUGCUGUUGGAUGCUGUUGGAUGCUGAACAUCCAGUGAGACUUCCACGGUGGAGGCGAAAGGCUGAAGAGGGAUUAGAACGAGAAGGGGAUUAGAAGGAGGGGACAUGAAAUCCAGAAAAACUAAGUGCAGAGCGUCUUAUGGAUACGUGCCAGUGGUGAAGGUGCUGCAGUGCAUUUUCAAACGACGUAACAAGCAAGAGCUAUUCCUCGAGGGGUUGUUGCAACGUACACCCAGCACACGAGCACAAGAAGAGGAAUUCGAUGAUGGAAAAUUAAAGAGAGGAGUGGAUUGGUGAGAUGGACGAGAGGGGUGAGAGGGGUUUACGAAAAAAAAAAGGAGAUUUAUUGUCGGGCAAAGUGCAAAUAGCACCCGCGACGAGAACUUGGUUUCCAAUCGCUGGGCGGUCGCAAGGAUUAUAUAAAUAUUAAUUUUAAUUGAAGAUACUUCACUGUGUAUAGAUACUUAAUAAAGAGAGUUGGAAUCGUACCUUACGACCGCGGCAGCUAUCGCUUUACCUUAACCCUAUUCUACUUGUUAGAGGAUUAAUUAGAACAGCUGGAAAAUUCAUAAAAAAUCCACAUGCAGGACAGUCACAGUUAGACAGAAAAAUGGACACUUAGAGUUGAUAUGUCGUUAUUAAUCGCCAGGAGGUUAUGGGAUGGGGAAAAAUUAACGUCACAUUUUGAUUAAUUGUUUAUCACGCGUGAGUGAGGAGAGAAAUGCGAUAUUAAAUUAAACGUAUUCUAGCCCCGUAGUAGCUUAAGGCAUGUACUCCGAGGGUUAUCAUGGCGCGUCGCCGCCCACGUGGUUUUUCCCCCGCACCUCUCUGGACACGCUAUGCAUAUAUUAAUAUGGAGUAAAUAUACGUGCCAGUGAUUACGAAUGGCCGUGUGAGCCGUAUGGGAAUUAAAAGAGGCCACGGUAGAAAUUGAAAAAAAUAUGAAUUUGAAUAAUAAGGCUGGGAUGAGGGAUUAAGGGGUAAAUUUAUAUUGAUCAGGCAUUGGCGCCCUGCGUCGUGUUCACGCAGACUCGAGGACGUUUAUCGAUUAGUUUUGUGCUGAAUCAUAUUUAAAAGAGUAUGGAGAUGAAUAUGAUUAAAUGAUUCUGUACUCUUCGCUUAUUUUCUCAAUUUUAUCGAUGUUUUUUUUUCUUUUUUUUUAUUAUUUUCUCCUUUAAAUCUUGUUGGUAUUUUAUUAUGGGACGUAUUUUUCGGGUGUUUGUAAAUUAAUGAGUAAUUAUGGUGUAUCAGUCUUGUGAUUUGGAGAUGAUAUCAAGCCUGAAGAGUGUAAAUUAUUGCUUUUUAUAAAAAAGAAAAUGGGGAGGGCUAAAAGAGUAUGACGAUAAAGUUGAUUUAUUUGUAUCUGUGAUAAACGAUGGAGAGAAAAAAAAGUGGAAGAGAUAGUGGUUUAGGUGCUGGUGCAUUCGUUCACUCGUAUUGACCCAAUGUACGCAUAAAUUAUCAUUACAUAAACCGAAUUAGUUGAAUAUCAUUUUGUAUAUAAUUAGGAUGAAAAUAAAAACGCAUACGCGUGGGCGGCAUGGAGAAAAGACCACAUUAGCCUAGACUAGAACUGGAUAGCCCUCCAAAUUCAAACUCAAAAAUAAUAAACAAAAAAAAAAAUCAUUUGUGAAUAUUAAACUAAUUAGGACGGGUCUAAGGUACAGCGUUGCAAGAGUCUUUGCUCGGUUGUUCGUACGAUUGUAAAUUAAACGAAGAAAAAGGCAAAAACUUGAUAAGAACCUGUUUAAAAAAGCCACUGUAAAUAAUUUUCAAUGUGAAUAUAGAUAAAAAUAUAAAUAUACAAAUAAAAAUUCUAUUA